AAUGAAAAUCUGGAAUACAUGAGAUGCAGCCAUGAAUUCUUAUCAAGGGUUCAGGGACACAACGUCACUUUUCAAGGGCUAUCAUGCUACUGGAGUAAUGCGUCUGCAUCAGGACCACGGAGCUACUUCUGACUUCCCUAGCAGAGACGAGGGAUAUGUUAACAACACCGAGGCGGAUUUUCUUCAAUAUCACUUCACGAAUCUCAGUGCCACGGCCACAGGCGCGUGUUCAAAGCCCUGUGAGGACCCUGGUCUUGCUAACUCGACCAGACCCCCCUUCCCCCAUAACCAAGACUUCUAUAGAAGACCAGUGCACCCCGUUCGUCCCCAAGUCCCCUCCUUCCAAAGCUGUCGUAUGCAGGGUCUCUCCAGAACGGGUUUCUCGUCUUCCUCAGACACUUUAAGAACUUUCUCCGGCGCGCUUUGUGAACUCGGCCCUGUCAACAACACACACCUCGCUGCGCGCACAUGCGACGGCCCAGUGCGUCACCCUCCAGUUCAGGACAAUAGCACCAGGCACGAGGCUCCUAUGAACACGUUAAAUGAGACAUUACACAGUGAAAAGACAUUCGACUGGAUGAGAGUGAGGAGAAAUCAAUCCCGUGCUGCUAUACAUCUGGGGAGAUGCUCGGACCCGGAGCUGAAGACGGACCACGGACGAGAUGCUGACGAUGACCCCUCGAGUGGAGCCACGCGAGCUAAUUUUACCACCAAACAACUCACAGAACUGGAAAAAGAGUUUCAUUUCAACAAAUACCUGACUCGAGCUAGACGGAUUGAGAUCGCGAACACUCUCCAACUGAGUGAGACUCAAGUGAAGAUCUGGUUUCAGAACAGACGCAUGAAACACAAGAAAAUGCUGCGGGAAGGCCUCGUUCCUGGAUUAAUGCUGAUUACUGGCUGUGACGAGGACUUGAAAAAAACACACACUUGUUCAUCUCCUGACAAAAGAUAAUUUCAGUAGGGUAAGAUUUUGGGCACUGCUGCUAUAGGUUAUAAAAUGUUAACAAUCACGUGAAUAUCAUGCGCGAGAGCAAGAUAGCUAUUCUGUUGACCAAAAUGUAUUCACACACCCAAAAUUAAGUUUGCCCUAUACAUAUAUAUUCAUCUAUCUAUUCAACUGUAUUGUUUAAGAAAUUAAAGCAGCAACUCUCUAUGAUAAAAAAA